GGUCUCUUCUCCGCCAUCCUCACAGCAUUCGUCGUACAGACAUACCAGAUGCUCCAACCGGACACCCAAGACACCACCAACCAACUCCUCGCCUACAACAGCCAACUCUUCUCCCACGGCCACACCUAUCCCGAAACAGACUAUCACAUCCCUCCCACUCUCAACAUGACCAUGACGUCCGUCCUGGAGUCCCAGCCAUUCUCUCCCUCAGCCUCGGCACGUUGGAUCAAUGUGCUCCUGUUCACCAGCCUCGUCCUCAGUCUCGCAGCCGCACUGUUCGGGAUCCUGGCCAAGCAGUGGAUCCGCGAGUACAUGCUGUGGAACUCGCCACUCGCGACGCCUCGGGAGAACGUAAUGGUGCGGCAGAUGCGAUUCGAGGACUGGGAGUCGUGGAAUGUCGAUGCGACGAUUGCCACCGUUCCCGCCCUACUCGAGAUCGCAAUGGUACUCUUCCUGAUCGGCAUGGUGAUCCUUCUGUGGACGCUUGAUGACAUUGUCGCG